AUGGCUAGUCAAGUGGAACAGAAACCUCCUUGUCCGACAAUCAUUAUCGACAGUGGAACGGGAUUUCUGAAAGCGGGUCUCAGCGCACCUGAAGCUCUCCCAACAUUAAUUACGUCUAGUAGCAACGACAUUUGGUUACGGCCGUUUUGGCUUGAAAAGUCACCGUGGGACUUCGAUGGAGGGAAGAGAGAGUCUAUCGUAUGCUUCGAAAAUUUAGAAAAGCUGUGGAACGACACUCUAACCAAACUGAAGGUAGAUGUAACACAACACGAUGUCAUACUCACUGAAAGUGAGUUAAAUGUUCGAGAAGACAGAGCAACAAUGGCACAAAUUGUAUUCGAAAAAUACGGUGCGCCAGGACUAUGUAUCGGCAACGAAUCGGCUCUUUCUUUAUUCACGCAUCAGCAAAACACAGGCGUUGUUGUGGACUGCGGACACCUUAUUACUACAAUAGCAGUGAUUAUAGAAGGUCGACGUCGUCAAAUACCGAACACGGUAUUGAACUAUGGCGGUCGAGAUGUGACCAUGCGUUUACUAUCAGAUUUAUCCGAAAGCGGCUACCAAGAGAUGAACUCUCACGUCAACGCAGUUCAGAAGAUAAAAGAAAAAGUAGUAUGCGUGAGUUGCAACUACGACGAAAACGUGCGCUUUCCAGAGCAAAUGGUUUCAAUGUCGGUUCCUUGUAAAUUUGUCAAAGACCAUGUCUUGAAUAUUCGUCACGAGCGUUAUGCGUGUGCGCAAGGUCUCUUUCGUCCUGACAUGUUUCGUAAGUCUGAUGACGGCAUUGCAGAAGCAAUCUACUAUGAUCUGGACAAAUACAGUCGAGAGAUACGAAAAACGUUUUACUCGAACAUCGUUUUGUGCGGCGGAGGCACAAUGUUGCCGUCGUUUAUAGAGAAGUUAGUUGCCGACCUAAGAACAUUGACGCGGAGAGAAGAAGAAAUCCGAGUGCAUAGUGCAUUGAAUCGCCAAUACGGUGCUUGGAUUGGUGCAAACGACUUAGUCAACGAAAGGCCGGACAUUCUCAUGAAACUAAUGGUCACCAGAUCGGAAUAUCAGGAAGAGGGUGUGGAAGCAUUUGAAAGGAAACCAUUCCAUGAAACUUUGUUUGAUUGCUAAUGCUAAAUAGUUCAGUUGUAAUUGCGCGCAGAUAAUGGCUAUAUUUCCUAUCUGCAGCCUAAACAUGCUAUGGAGUUAU